AUUUCAAUGCCCUCGGCGGCGGACAGUCUGACGUAUCCCGACGGUACCCCUGGCGGAUACAGCGAAAUCUAUACGUCAAAAGGUACGAGCGGCCGUAUUUUGAAGGGGGUUUCCAUUUUAACCUCUCGGUCGGACCUGGAUUUGGCCGUGCGUAAUUCAACAUGUUGGCCCUUAUUAAUCGGAUCUUGGACUGGUUCAAGUCCCUCUUCUGGAAGGAGGAGAUGGAACUGACUCUCGUCGGCUUGCAGUACAGUGGAAAGACUACCUUCGUGAAUGUCAUAGCGUCUGGGCAAUUUAGCGAAGACAUGAUACCAACGGUGGGCUUCAAUAUGCGUAAAAUAACAAAGGGCAAUGUCACUAUAAAAGUAUGGGACAUUGGUGGGCAGCCGAGGUUUCGGUCGAUGUGGGAAAGAUAUUGCAGAGGAGUGAACGCCAUUGUGUACAUGGUGGACGCGGCUGAUUCCGAGAAGAUUGAGGCCAGUCGCAAUGAAUUGCACAAUUUACUGGACAAGCCGCAAUUGUCGGGGAUACCAGUGUUGGUUCUCGGCAAUAAGAGGGAUCUACCUCAUUCGUUGGAUGAAAACGGGCUCAUAGAAAGAAUGAACCUGUCUGCGAUUCAGGACCGUGAGAUUUGUUGCUACAGUAUUUCGUGUAAAGAAAAGGACAAUAUUGACAUAACGUUACAGUGGCUCAUAGCGCAUUCUAAAAGUGGAGUUCGCUAAUAUCCUUAAAAUAUCCCAUUUGUUAGUAUCGGAGAGUGAUACUGAUGACAGUAUUGGGAUCAAUCGUGGAAGGAGCCCAUCGAGCAAACUUUGUUCAAAACUGAGUCAUUAUUGUAGAAAAACUACUUUAAACUUAAGCUUUAGCCGGUCUGAGUUGGAAAAGGUGCGAAUGCCGCAGUAAAAUUUAACAAAAAAAAAAAAUGAAAAAAGAAGAUACCAUGCUUAAUGCCAAGUAUGCGCUCGUGUGAGUUAUACUAUUAAGGCACAUCACAUCCCGCGCGAGCACCGUUAGUCAUAAGGAACAGUUUUUUAUAUUUUCGUUUAUAGGUAAGUCCAAGAGUAUAUUCCAAUACCCAAAUAACAAUUAUAUAUAUAAUUAGCAUCUCUGUAUCUUUUUCUAUGGUUGCUGCUAUUGUAAAGCUGAAGUAAUACCGAUAUAAUCGCAGUUAAUUAUUGUGAUAUAUUGAUAGUCUAGAUGUCGAUAUUCUUAUUUCUUCUCUUGUACUCUCGAAGGAUACCAAGCGUUUAAUGUGUAAAUUAGAGAAAAAAAAUGGUAGCUAUUACGAAUUACACGCGCAAAGAUAUCAUUAUUGAUUACUAUGAUAUAUAGUACACCUUCUCGAGGAACUUUAAUAACAAAUAAAAACGACAUAUUGCAAACAUCGGAUCAUAUUAAGUGUAUCCAAUGUUAAAUUGCACGUCUAGAUCUUCGUACUGUUGAGCCAGUUACCAUUCCUUCGUUUCCUCCGACUUUGAGAAAGCAACAAUCCCGCACUGUUUAUAUGCGUUUGUACGAAUCUGUGUUUCACAGGUUUUGGGAUUAAAGCAUUAGGAAGUGUGAAAGGCAACUCAGAAGGUACAUAUGGGAAAAUCCUCGCGAAAAGUAAAAGCUCCGUAUAUUGCAUGUGAUCGUCUAUAAAAUAAUGCAUUGCAACAGAAUCGAUAAAUCCAACUUUUUUUUUUUAGUUCCGGAGAGACGCCAGGAAGUUUAUGUGAAAACGCAUGCUCGCACACCUUUCACUGUUUUCUCCUAUGAAUCAAUUUCUCCUUUUUAUUCAUAUCUAUCGAUAUAUAAAGUUUUCAUAGAGUACACCUAGAUUUCCCUCGGUCAUUUUUCUUCGCGGUUUGCGGCUCCAGCUGUUUUACAACGACCCGAGAGCCGCAACUUUGUCUCGAAGAAAUGAAAUUGACCGGCUGUGUGUUCAUCUUCUUUUCUAUAAAAUUACAUAUUAUCCUGUGGUCGAGACGCUUCUCCCUUUUCUUUUUCUCUCAUUUUUCUGCCGAUAUAAUAAACGGGGAAGGGAGGGGGCUUCAAAUUGCUGAACUGAAGUUUCGCUACGUUAUACUUCGCUCCAUAUGAAGUACAGUAUUUCUUUCUAGCGGUGUUCGUUACAGCCAACUUUUGCUAUAUUUAUUAACUACACUCAUGACUCACUCUUAAUAAAGUGGCCACAAUAAUAUAUUAAAUCUUCUGCAAAAGAUCAGUUACACAUUACAGCAGAAAAGAUCAUGUUUCCCUCGCGAGCUCGCCACACAACGAUUUACGGAUACAUGUACAUUGUAAAGGUAGAAACAAUUCUAUCUUGUUUCCCGUUUUCCUUUUUUUUUUUCCUCUUCAUAAUGCAUACGUUAUAAUACAGAGUCAUGGAUGGAAUGAUUCCUUUCCACCUUUCUGGGACAGAAAACAUAUGCAUACGCGCACGUAAACGUCGCGAUACAUGCGCGCAAUCAAAGUUCAAAGAUCAAGUAUCGUGGUAAGAGUACACGUGUUGGAUAAUUUCAUAUACGAGACGUUGCAGAGAAUAUAGAUAGUAUAUAUAUGUGUGUGUGUGUGUAAAAAAAAAA